AUUGCCAAUGUUGUCAUAAUCUUUCGUGGCGGAGCUCUCAUCUGUACUGGCUUUGGAGUUUUGAUUCCGAAGACGAAAUGCCGAGCGGAGAGCUUCAACACAGCAAGCUCGAAGAGGCGCUUGAGGUGAAGUCUCUCAGGCGAAUCAUUAGCGCUUACCUCAACUAUUCCAACGCUGCGGAAGAGGAUGUUAGAAGAUAUGAGAGAUCCUAUAAAAAACUUCCACCUGCUCACAAGGCUCUUCUAUCCCAUUUCCCUUUAAAAUGUCAGAGGCUUAGACGGUGUAUUUCUAUAAAUUCAUAUUUCAUCUUGAACAUGCUACAGGCAUUUGAGCCUCCACUUGACAUGAGCCAGGACAUAGAUAACUGUGAACAUGAUGAACAUCUGGGAGAUGUCAGUGUGGAUCAUAUUCCCUGUGAAGGUAGGGAUUUUUGCUCUUGUCAGUCUGCAUCAACUAGUGGAAGAACGUGUUUUCUUGAAACCGAUAAAGCCAGUUGUGGAGAAGGGAGCAACCUGAUCUGCAAUUCACAAAAAGAGAGGACCGUCAGUGAGGAAGUGCAAGUUCAGAAUUUCGGUGGAUCUGUCAAUGGAAACUUGUCUUUAAACUCAGAUUACAGCAGACAAUCCGAAAGAGCUGGUUGUGAUGAUGUUAAGGCAAGCUCAUCUGCACGUGACUGGUUGGAUCCUUCAUUACAGUUAAAAGUUCCAUUGGUCGAUGUUGAUAAGGUCCGAUGUAUCAUAAGAAAUAUUGUUAGAGAUUGGGCACCAGAGGGACAGAGAGAGCGUGAUCAAUGCUAUAUUCCUAUUCUUAAAGAGCUUGAUCGUUUAUUCCCUGACAGAUGCAAGGACAGGGCUCCUAGCUGUUUAGUUCCUGGUGCUGGACUUGGAAGGCUGGCUUUGGAGAUUUCAUGCUUUGGUUUCAUAAGCCAAGGAAAUGAAUUCUCGUACUACAUGAUGAUCUGCUCAAGUUUUAUUCUUAACCAUACUCAGACAGCUGGGGAGUGGACCAUAUAUCCUUGGAUCCACAGCAAUUGCAAUUCUCUUUCAGAUAAUGACCAACUUCGGCCUGUUUCAUUUCCUGAUAUCCAUCCAGCUAGCGCAGGAAUUACUGAAGGCUUCUCCAUGUGUGGUGGUGACUUUGUUGAAGUCUAUAGUGACCCAAGCCAAGAAGGAGCUUGGGAUGCAGUGGUGACUUGUUUCUUCCUUGAUACGGCACAUAAUAUUGUUGAAUACAUUGAGAUUAUAUCAAGGAUACUCAAAGGAGGAGGAGUGUGGAUAAACUUGGGGCCGCUGCUUUAUCACUUUGCAGAUAUGUAUGGGCCGCAGGAUGAGAUGUCCAUAGAACUCAGUUUGGAAGAUGUAAAGAAGGUUGCGCUCCAGUAUGGAUUUCAGAUGGAGAAAGAGAAGACUAUUGAAACAACUUAUACUGGAAAUCUUCGAUCUAUGAUGCAAAACCGAUACUAUGCUGCAUUUUGGACAAUGACAAAGAGGCAAGUCAAGUCAUAAAUAUUUGCCAUCUACAAGGUAUAAAGUCUAAAAGUACUAUUCUUUAAGCAAUUUAUUUAUUGGAUAAUAGAUUCUUUUUACUAGCUUCUUUAUACCAUGAGAUUGUUGUUGAUCCUAAUUGUGAGGAACACAGGAUUGGCAAAAAUGACGAUGUAUGCUGUUUCUUGGAGUUGGCAUUUGU